AUGCCUAGGGUUAUGUUUAGCCAGGAGCUUGAGGGCAAGCUGAUCGAGCUUUGGAACGGACAUUUGAGGCGACGUCCGGGCGAAAUCAGGUACUGCGGCAAUCCGCGCUUUUGCCACCCGACGCUCUCGGACUGCGAAGUGCACGACGACUUCUUCUUCUGCGACUGCAAACGCGGAUACAGCGGCAACGGCACCGCUUGCGUCAACGUGGACGAGUGCGACGCCGGGCAGCAUGCGUGUAGCGAGCACGCGGAGUGCACUGACACCACACCUAGCUACCAGUGUACAUGCAAACCGGGUUUCACGAGCGACAACGGCGGGCACCACUGCGAGGACGUGAACGAGUGUCAGGACGCGACGCUCUGCCACCAGACGCUGGCCGACUGCACAAACGUGGCUGCCACGUUCACGUGCCAGUGCAAGAAUGGCUACGAGGGUAGUGGCGUGACCUGCUUGGACGUCGACGAGUGCUCGGACCCGAAAAAGUGUCACCUGUCGCUGGCCGACUGCACAAACUACGACGGCUCAUUCAGCUGCCGCUGCAAGGAGGGUUACCGCGGCAAUGGCACCGCUUGCGAGGACGUGGACGAGUGUUCCGACUCGUCCAAGUGCCACCCGACGCGGGGCCAGUGCACAAACACGGUCGGCUCGUUCGAGUGUCGCUGCAAGGUCGGUUACCAAGGCGACGGAGUGGUCUGCACGGACAUAGACGAGUGUUUGAUCAACAAUUACACAUGCUAUUUCUCGGCCAGCUGCCACAACACCCUCGGCUCUUACACGUGCUCAUGUAUGCCUCGCGAGAGCAAGCAGACCGGAGCAUAUCCGUUGGGCAAGGUUUGCCACGACAUCGAUCCGUGCGAGCUUGGAACGCAUGUGUGCGACAAGAAUUACGCCACCUGCAACGACUACUAUUUCUUCCACAGGUGCAAGUGCUUCGAUGGAUUUUACGACCCUCACUUUGGCACACAUUGUGUGAAUAUCAACGAGUGUGCUCUGAGACUGCACAAGUGCAGCGCUAACGCAGCUUGCAACGACACCAUUGGUAAUUAUACAUGUUCUUGUCUGGACGGAUAUGUCGGCGAUGGGUUCACUUGCAGACCGGCAGAGCGUCAGGACUGCGUGGACGCUGGGGUUCACUGUACGGGAAACACCACCUGCCACAACGUCGGCGCCGGCUUCGAGUGUGUCUGCCCGAGCGGGUACGAGGGCACCGUGGGUCGGUGCACGGACGUGGACGAGUGCGAGCGCGGCACUCACCAGUGCUCGGUAGGCACGCACUGCGUGAAUACCAUCGGCUCGCGCAACUGCCCGUGCCACCUGGGCUUCGAGCGGAGCGCCGACGGACGACGCUGCGUGGACGUGGACGAGUGUGACGGCAACGGCACGCUGAACGACUGCCGCGGUCUGUCCACGUGCAUCAACAACCAGGGAGCGUUCACCUGCGGCUGCCCAGCGGGGUACAGCAGCAAUCAGACGGACUGCCGCGACGUGGACGAGUGCGAGGAUGGAACCCACACGUGCUACUCAACCGCCAACUGCACGAACACCAAGGGCAGCUUCACCUGCAUGUGCGCGCCUGGGCGCAAGGGCAACGGUUUCAAGUACUGUGAUGACGUCAACGAGUGCUUCCAGACACCGUACGUGUGCCACGUGAAUGCCACCUGCGACAACAACGACGGCUCCUACCAGUGUUUCUGUCGGCCAGGACUCACAGGCGACGGUGUCAAUUCCUGCGCGGACGUCAACGAGUGUUCGGUCAGGUCCACGUGCCCGGACAAGGCCCAUUGCGACAACACGUUCCAGUCGUUUCACUGCACGUGCGAGGCGGGCUAUCAACGCGUCGGGGACGCCUGUGAUAAUAUAAACGAGUGUGCUCGCGGCUCUGACACCUGCGACCCGGACCAUGGCACCUGCACGGACACCGUGGGCUCAUACCAGUGCUUCUGCAAAGCCGGCUUUGCCAAGCAGGCCGGCACGGACCUCUGCGAGGACGUAAACGAGUGCAAAGGCGGUGGCGGAAACGAGUGCAACCACCAACACGGCACCUGCCACAACACGUUCGGCAAUUACACCUGUAGCUGCGUGACCGGGUAUGAGAGUUGGGAACGCGGUUGCCGUGACGUCAAUGAAUGCUUCACGGAGCAGCAUGGCUGCCACGGCGACCACGGGGUUUGCAACAACCGGGAUGGCGGGUACGACUGUGAAUGUGACGUCGGUUAUGCCGGCGACGGGCACUUUUGUCACGACACGAACGAAUGCCAGGACCCGAGCAAGAACAACUGCGACACGUCCAAGCAGCAGUGCUUCAACCUGCCGGGCAGUUUCGAGUGCCGUUGCCUGCCAGGGUAUGCAGGCGCCGGCUGUGUGAACGUGGACGAGUGCAAAGCGAAAACGCACCUGUGCCACCCGGACCACGGCGUGUGCACCGAUCACUCGCCGCACUACACGUGUGCGUGCUUGACCGGGUACAGGGGCAAUGGACGCACCUGCAUCGACCAGGACGAGUGCAAGCUGGACUUCGACUGCCACGCCAAUGCCCGAUGCCGCAACACGGAUGGCUCGUACGAGUGCGAGUGCACACCGGGCUUCGUCGGCGACGGCCGUAACACGUGCGUGGACGUCAACGACUGCCCCGCGAACUGCAACAACCGCUCGUCGAUCUGCGUGAACACGAGGGGCUCGUACCUGUGCCGGUGCCUAUCGGGCAUGCACAAGCAGGGCACGACAUGCCUCGAUAAUGAUGAGUGCCGUCUGGUCACGGACAGUUGUGAUGCCCGGCAUGGCGUGUGCGUGAACAACCUGCGCAGCUUCAGCUGUCACUGCGCGGACGGCUAUCGGCUGGGCGACGACAAGAAGUCGUGCGGUGACGUGGACGAGUGCGCUGACGGCACGCACACGUGCCAGCCGAAGUACGCCAUGUGCCUCAAUGGCCAGGGCGAUUACACGUGCUCGUGCAACUCCGGGUACAAUGGCAACGGGACCCACUGCACGGACGCUGACGAAUGCACGAGCGGCUCGCACAUGUGUGAUCGCACGCACGGCUCGUGCUUCAACACGGACGGCGCGUAUGAGUGCGACUGCAACCCUGGUUACGUGAAGGAGGACGGCAACCGGUGUGUGGACUACGACGAGUGCGAUGAGAAGGUGGACAAGUGCGCCGUGUACAACAGCUGGUGCCACAACCUGCCGGGUUCGUUCGAGUGCGUGUGCCGCGUGGGAUUCACCGGCGACGGCCUGAGCUGUGUGGAUCAGCAGGAGUGCCAGGACGCCAAGAUCUGCCCGACGGGCGCGGGUCGCCAGUGUAAGAACACGAACGGCUCGUACGCCUGCUCCUGCGCCGAGGGAUUUACCGGCGACGGGUACAAGCAAUGUAACGACAUUAACGAGUGUUUUACCGGGAAGCCAUGCCACUCUGACGCAACCUGCACCGACAUCGUCGGCUCGUACACGUGCGCGUGCAUGGCCGGGUUUGAGGGUGACGGCGUGCAGUGCCUGGACAAGCACGAGUGCGCGAGCGGCACGCACAACUGCCACCGGACGCGUGGCGCCUGCAGGAACACGCGCGGCUCGUUCAUCUGCUACUGCAAGAGCGGGUAUGUGGGCAACGGGAAGACCCAGUGCACAGACGAAAACGAGUGCUUUCAGGAGACGCACAGGUGCGAGGCGGGCCUGGAGCAGUGCCGAAAUACGAACGGCUCCUACGCGUGCGACUGCGAGGCAGGUUACAGCCGGCAUGCCGGCAAGUGCGUGGACUUGAACGAGUGUGCAUUGGGCACGGACAUGUGUCACGCCACACGUGCCAACUGCAAGAAUACGCCCGGCGGGCACACGUGCUCGUGCCUGAGCGGGUACGAGGGCGACGGCGUUCGCUGCAAGGACAGAAACGAGUGCAUGGACGACUCGCACGACUGCCAGAAGGGCAGGGCGGCCGUCUGCCACAACACGAACGGCUCGUAUUCGUGUCGCUGCGCCACCGGCUUCAUCUUCAACGGCAGCGCGUGCGUCGACGUGAACGAAUGCCAGGAGCCGCACCUCUCGCACACAUGCCACCGACUGUACGCCACGUGCACGAACUCCGUCGGCAACUUUACGUGUGCCUGCAAGUCUGGAUACAAUGGCGAUGGGCACAGCUGUACUGAUAUUGACGAGUGUAAGGACCAUAUGGACGACUGUCACGCCAAGGCGAGCGUGUGUCACAACGAACAGGGUGGUUUCAAGUGCACGUGUGCCUCCGGAUACUCUGGGAACGGCACGACCUGCACCGACAAUAACGAGUGCGAGUCGAAAACGCCCCUCUGCCAUAUCAACGCCACCUGUACGGACAUUCCCGGAACCUACCACUGCAAAUGUAAAGAAGGUUUCCGAGGAAGCGGACGAUCGUGCGCAGACGUCAACGAAUGCGAAGAGUCUCGUGACAAUUGCAGUCGUGACGCGUCGUGUACGAACAACGUUGGAGCGUUUAGUUGCAAGUGUAACACAGGUCUGGUUGGCAAUGGCGUCAUGUGCAAGGUGCCUGAUGAUGGUGAUUGCGCGGCGGCCGGGAAAGCCUGCGGGGAGUACGAAUACUGCAGCAGCCAAGGGGACGGCAACGGCGUGCACUGCGUGUGCCCAAGCAGCGGAUACGAGCGCGACACGAGCGGCCAGUGCGUGAACAUUAACGAGUGCAAGAGCGGCACGCACACCUGUGCCAACAACACCGUCUGCGCGGACACCGUUGGUAGCUUCAACUGCCCGUGCCUGGAGUACUACCGUCGUGCAUCCAAUGGCGAGAGCUGCGAGAACAUCAACCAGUGCACGGAUGGAACACACGGCUGCGUGGGAUCACACGUGUGGUGCUACGACUUACCCGGAUCGUACGAGUGCCGCUGUCCGUCCGGCUUUACCAGCAACGGCAGCACGUGCAUUGACAACAACGAAUGCGAUCAGCAAACCGACCAAUGCCAUGACACGAUGAGUUCGUGUACCAAUACCGAGGGGAGCUACGUAUGCGCAUGUCUCGACGGAUAUCAGGGUGACGGCAAGAACUGCACGGAUGUGGAAGAAUGCUCGGGACUCAACGCGUGUCACGCCACCCUGAGCGUGUGCACAAACGUGGUGGGCAGCUACACUUGUGCCUGCAAACAGAACUACACCGGCGACGGCAAAACGUGCGAGGACGCCGAUGAGUGCGAGCUCCAAAUUCACGGGUGCGACGUGCAGCACGGCGCGUGCGCUAAUCACGUGGGCUCAUACUCGUGCUCGUGCAAGGAGGGCUACGCCGGCACGGGCAUGGAGUGCACGGACGUGAACGAAUGUGAUUGGAAGUACGUGUGCCACCAGCGUGCCAGCUGCCACAACGAGCAGGGCUCGUACACGUGCUUGUGCCCAGCAGGAUACGAGGGCAGCGGAGUCGAGUGCAAUGACAUUGACGAGUGCGAGCGAGGCACGGACAGUUGCCACGAGCAGUACGGUACAUGCACAAACAGGAACGGUUCACACACGUGCGCGUGCAAGCCUGGGUUCACGGGCAACGGCCACAGCUGUGAAGACAUUGAUGAGUGCUCCAGUGGCACGCACAGCUGCCACCGCGGCGACGGCGGUGUCUGUACGGACACAUCCGGCUCGUUCACGUGUGCGUGUGCCGAAGGUUACACCGGCAAUGGCGUUCAGUGUUACGACGUGGAUGAGUGUGACGAGGGAUCUGACACAUGUAGUGCGGUGGGAGGAGUCUGCACCAACCGGGUUGGAUCGUACGCUUGCGCCUGCGCCUCUGGUUUCUCAGGCUCCACCGGUCGCGACUGCCAGGACGAGGAUGAGUGCACACUCCGGACGCACCAAUGCCACGUUGAUGCGCUGUGCUCCAACAAGAAUGGAACGUACUCGUGCGCUUGCAAGAGCGGAUUCGACGGCUCGGACGGUGAAGACUGCACCGAUGUAGACGAAUGUAAAACGGGCACAGACCGUUGCGCCAAGGUGCUCAGCGUCUGCAUGAACACGCACGGAAACCACACGUGCAAGUGCGAGAGCGGAGCCUCUGGCAACGGCCUGACCUGCAAGGACAAGGACGAGUGUGGCGACGAAGCGCACAGCUGCAGUCAGAACUGCCACAACAGGCAGGGUGAAUAUUCAUGCUCCUGUAACAUUGGCUUCUCACUGGACUCCGAGGUGCAAGGAAAGUGCAACGACAAUGACGAAUGCAGCCGCAAUGACACCAACGACUGCCCACUUAACUCCACCUGCACAAACACGGCUGGCUCGUACCAGUGUCCAUGCAACGCUGGCUACAAGGCAUUAGGAAAGGUUUGCGAUGACGUGGAUGAAUGCUCCGAGGGGCCUCACAACUGUCACGGCAAGUUUGGCAAGUGCACCAAUAACGUGGGUUCCUACGUCUGCGCGUGUGUUGCGGGGACGCUCGGCGAUGGUCGCGCGUGCACAGACGUGGACGAAUGCUUCACGGGAACGCACAAGUGCGACGCUUCGGUCGGCAUCUGCACGAACAUCGACACAUCCUACACGUGCGCGUGUCCGCACGGUUAUGAGACCAGCGACAAGGCCAGGACCUGCAACAACACCGAUGAGUGUGCGCGUCAGACGGACGCUUGUCAGCGUGAUGGCAGUGCCACGUGCAAGGACACGGAGGGAGCGUACCGCUGCACCUGCAACUCUGGCUACGUGAGCAAGACGGGAACGCACGCCAACAGCACGACGUGCAAGGACAUGGACGAGUGUGCCAAUGGAACACAUGCGUGCGAUCUCGACGCGGGCAUCUGCACAAACACGCCGGGUAGUCACACUUGCGCAUGCCUGGUUGGUUACCGAGGCAACGGCGAGAUCUGUACGGACAUCAAGGAGUGUGACCUGGGAGAUGACAACUGCCAUCCGUCCCACAGCGUGUGCAACGACGUGCCCGGAUCGUUCACGUGCUCGUGCGUUGAGGGCUACAACGGGACUGGAGUAUAUUGCGAUGAUGUGGACGAGUGCAGAGGCGGAAGCCACACUUGUAGCACGGUGGGUGGGGUGUGUACCAACCAGGCAGGAUCGUACGUGUGUUCCUGCGCCUCCGGUUUCUCCGGCUCCACCGGUCGCGAUUGCAAGGACGACAACGAGUGCACUCUGGAGUCGCACAACUGCCACGUCGACGCUCUGUGUUCAAACUCGGUCGGAACAUACGCUUGCGCUUGCAGGGCAGGAUUCAACGAGUCUGCCAAUGGGAGAGAGUGCACCGACAUUGACGAGUGUAGCGAGAGAAAUGAUCGCUGCGCCGCGACGCUCAGCGUCUGCAAGAACACACACGGAAACCACACGUGCAAGUGCGAGAGCGGCGCGACCGGCGACGGCCUGAUCUGCGUGGACAACGACGAAUGCAUCGACGGAACGCACAGCUGCGACCACACGUGCCACAACAAGCAGGGCACCUACGAGUGUUCCUGUAACAGCGGCUACACCCUGGACCAGAAGCUUCGCGGACGGUGUAACGACAACAACGAAUGCAGCAGUGGCAAUCUGAACAAUUGUCACGAGCUGGCAACAUGUGAAAACACGCCGGGUACCUACAAGUGUACGUGCAAGGAGGGCUGGGCCGGAACUGGACGGGUGUGCAACGACGUCCACGAGUGCAACGAGACCAACCACGAGUGCCACGCCACGUUCGGCACCUGUACGAACACUCGUGGCUCGUACAACUGCGCGUGUGUUGCCGGCAUGCGUGGCGACGGUCGUCUGUGCACGGACGUCGACGAGUGUAGAGGCGGAACACACGACUGCAAUGGCUCGCACAGCGUCUGCACCAACAUUGACACGUCGUUCACUUGCUCGUGUGUUCACGGGUACACUAUUGACGACAAGGGAAAAACUUGCCGCGACGUCGACGAGUGUGCUCUGGGAACCCACUGCCAACCAAAGGAGAGCACCACCUGCCACAACGAAGCGGGCACGUUCCGCUGCACCUGUAACGCUGGAUUUUUCGCUGUCUCGGGUACGCAGAGCAACAGCACAUUGUGCAGGGAUGUUGACGAAUGCGCCGCCGGGUCCAACGAAUGUCACAAGCAGUUCGGAAAGUGUGAAGACAGCUACGGCUCGUACACGUGCUCGUGUGUUGAUGGAACGACGGGCGAUGGCCUCAACUGCACUGAUAACAACGAGUGUGCCGACAAGACCCACAACUGUGACCUGUCACUAGGCAUCUGCGCCAAUACUGACAAGUCGUUCACGUGCUCGUGCCGUUACGGCUAUGGCACGGAGUACGAGGGCAGCAAUUGCACUGAUCUCAACGAGUGCGCCCUGGAAACACACAACUGCCAGCUAGAUGGAAGCGCCGCCUGUCACAACGAAGUGGGCAAGUUCCGCUGCGCAUGCCAGACCGGAUUCUUCGCGGCCUCGGGCACGAUGAGCAACAGCACGACGUGCGGCGAUAUCGAUGAAUGUACAGACAAAUCCGACACGUGUCACUCGUUGUUUGGAAAAUGUGAGAACAACCAUGGUUCGUACACGUGCUCCUGUGUCAACGGAACAGUUGGCGACGGUCGCAAUUGCUCCGAUAUCAACGAGUGUUUGGACCAGACCCACGACUGUGAUCUGGCAAUGGGGUUCUGCACCAAUACUGACACGUCGUACACCUGCUCAUGUCCGAGCGGUUUUGCUGCCACCGGCAAGAACGAGACGUGCUUUGAUCUCGACGAGUGCGCUCUAAAGACGGACCACUGCCAGAAGGACGGAAGUGCCACCUGUCACAACGAAGUCGGCACGUUUAGCUGCACCUGCUUCACUGGAUUCGCUGCAGCCUCUGGCACGCGGAGCAACAGCACGGUGUGCACCAAUGUUAACGAAUGCGAACAGCAAACACACACCUGUCACCUGAAGGAGGGAACAUGCGAUGACAGCCACGGCUCGUACAUCUGCUCGUGCAUCGAUGGACUCGCCGGCGAUGGUCGCAAUUGCUCUGAUCUCGACGAAUGCAAUGACAAGACUCACGCCUGCGAUAAGUUGGGAACCUGCACCAACACGCGCCCCGGGUACACGUGCUCGUGCCCGCACGGCUAUGGUACCACGGACGAGGGCAGGAAUUGCACCGAUCUCAACGAGUGCCUCCUGGACACGAACAACUGCCAGAAGGACGGAAGCGCCGUCUGCGUCAACGGAGUGGGCAGGUUCCGGUGUGAAUGUGAGGCCGGGUAUUUCGCAGCUUCAGGAACGACCAGUAAUAGCACUCAGUGUAAGGACGUGGACGAGUGCAAGAACGAUGGUCACGACUGCGAUGUGCAGUUCGGCGAGUGUCACAACACCAUCGGAUCGUACAUCUGCUCGUGCAUUCGCGGCACGACCGGCAACGGAAGCGCAUGCUCGGACGUGAACGAGUGCACGGACGGGUCGCACGAGUGCGACCCGCUGGGCACGUGCGCAAACACGGAAACACCGUACACGUGCUCGUGCCCGUACGGCUACGACGCGCGCGACGAGGGCAGGAAUUGCAAGGAGCUUGACGAGUGCAUCCUGGGCAGGACGUGCAAGGAGCUUGACGAGUGCAAGCUGGGCACAAACAACUGCCAGCGCGACGGGAGUGCGCGUUGUGUAAACAAGCCGGGCACCUUUACCUGCGAGUGCAACACUGGGUACUUGCCCGCCAAGGGCGCUGCCACUAACAGCAGCAGCUGUGGAGACACGAACGAGUGUCAAACGAAGGUGCAUAAUUGCCACGAGCUCGCUAUCUGCAGGAAUGCAGUCGGCUCCUUUGUUUGCAAGUGCAAGUUGGGCGCCGCUGGCAAUGGAACACAGUGCGACGACAUAGACGAAUGCUCGGGUAGCAACGAGUGCCACAAAGAUGCGGGUGUCUGCAGCAACAAUGAUCUCAGCUACUCGUGCGAAUGCGCCACUGGCUUUUCGGGUGAUGGGCGCGAGUGCAUUGACAACGACGAGUGCGCGACGGCCACGCACAGGUGUCACGCAGACGCGGCGUGCACGAACAAUGCAGGCAGUUACACUUGCAAGUGCAAUAGCGGCUAUGCUGGCGACGGGGAGCAGUGCAAGGACGUGAAUGAGUGCCUGAAUGGGACGCACAACUGUCACCAGCAUGCCACGUGUACGGACACCGUGGGAUCGUUCACCUGCCAAUGCUGGGACGGGUUUGCCGGAGUGGGAACCAGCUGCAACGACAUUCACGAGUGCGACGACGGAGUGCACACGUGUGAUCGCAUAUUCGGCGUCUGCCACAACACGCACGGCUCGCACAACUGCACGUGCAAUCGAGGGUCCGAGGGCAACGGCACACAGUGCGAGGACAUUGACGAGUGUCUGCGCGGAACAGACAACUGUCAUGAGCAGGCCCAUGCCAAGUGCAGCGACACGACUGGUAGUUACAAGUGUGCGUGCAAGCCGGGCUUCCACGGCACGGGACGCAUAUGCUACGACGUGAACGAGUGCAACGGCAACAACACCUGCCACGCCAACCUGUCGUCGUGCGCCAACAGCGUGGGCGCCUACAGCUGUGCGUGCCACCAGGGUUACCACGGCAACGGACGGCAGUGCCAGGACGUGAACGAGUGCGCCAGCGCCGCCAGCAACGAGUGCAAUACGCACGCCGACUGCACCAACUCCGUCGGCGCCUACUCGUGCAAGUGCUGGGCCGGAUACGAGGGCGACGGCGAGAAGUGCGACGACGUAAACGAGUGCAUGGCGGGGACGCACACGUGCCACGCGGUGGCCACGUGCUCCGACCUGGACGGUUCGUUCGAGUGCAAGUGUAACGAUGGCUUCGCCGGCGACGGCCACACGUGCUCCGACGUGGACGAGUGCUCGGAGGGCACGCACAACUGCCAGAAGGACGCCACCUGCAAGGACAACGAUGGUUCGUACUCGUGCCCAUGCGACGCUGGUUAUCGCGCCAGCGGCACGCAAUGCACCGACAUCAACGAGUGCAUCAGCGAGACGCACAACUGUCACGUGAAUGCCUCCUGCUCCAACAACGACGGCAGUUUCUCGUGCAAGUGCCUGGCCGGGUUCGAGGGCAGCGGCCAGCAGUGCUCCGACGUGGAAGAGUGCACGCUCAGCCAGCACGACUGCGACGGCAAUGCCACGUGUCACAAUCACGUCGGCACGUUCUCCUGCUCGUGCGGCUCUGGCUUCGUCGGCAGCGGGCGCGUGUGCAGCAAUGUGAACGAAUGCAAUGGAAAGCACAAUUGUCACGUGAACGCGACAUGCGGGGACACGAUUGGAUCGUAUUCCUGCUUGUGCAAGCCUGGAUUUGAGGCUAACGCCAGCACCAGUGAGUGUGUCAACGUGAACGAAUGCAACGGCGAGAACACCUGCCACGCAAAGGCCGAGUGCGUGGACACGGUGGGUGCGUACGAGUGCCGCUGCAACGAGGGGUAUCGCGGGGACGGCCGGACUUGCGAGAACGUGAACGAGUGCAGCCGCGGACACGACUGCUACCCGCUGCUGGCCGAGUGCACCGACACCGAGGGUUCGUUUGAGUGCGCGUGCCGCAGUGGUUACGCCGGCACGGGCAAGGCCUGCGCAGACAAGAACGAGUGCUCGAGCGUCGAGCUCAACUCCUGCCAUGCCAAUGCCACGUGCACAAACACAAACGGAUCGUACACGUGCGCGUGCCUGGAAGGCUACGCCGGCACUGGCGAGGACUGCUUCAAGAUCCCGACCUGCACCGGCGAGCACACUUGCCACCAGGAGGCCUACUGCCUGGCGGAGGGCACCGCCUACACCUGCUCGUGCAAGGAGGGUUACGCGGGCUCCGGCGAGGUGUGCGAGAACGUAGACGAGUGUCGCAACGGCGGGAAGCAUGCGUGCCACGUCAACGCCAAGUGCACGGACACCGUCGGGUCGUUCAAGUGCGAGUGCAACGCCGGUUACCGCGGUACUGGCCUACACUGCGCCAACGUCGACGAGUGCAACGAGGUCAACAGCUGUCACGAGUUCUCCAAGUGCACGGACAGCAUUGGCUCCUAUUUCUGCGCGUGUACCACCGGGUACACGGGAAGCGGCGAAGACUGCGGCAACGUGAACGAAUGCAGCAACGGCGAACACAACUGCCACGAGAACGCCAAAUGUAGUGACACGGAAGGUUCGUUCUCCUGCGCUUGCCUGCCCGGGUAUGAGGACGACGGGCACGGAAGAUGCGACGAUGUGAACGAGUGCGAUGGCGCCAAUAGCUGCCACGAGUUUGCCACUUGCACGGACACAGUGGGCUCGUACAAGUGCCGCUGCAACAAGGGCUUCGCCGGCUCGGGCGAGACGUGCGAAAACAUGAACGAAUGCAGCGCUGGAACUCACGACUGCCACUCCACGCUGGCCAUUUGCUCGGACACGAAGGGCUCGUUCGCGUGCACCUGCAAGGCCGGGUACACCGGCUCGGGGCUCGCGUGCGAGAAUCUGGAUGAGUGCAGGGGCAUCAAUGACUGCCAUCGGAACGCCAACUGCAACGACACAGUGGGUUCGUACAUGUGCAAGUGCAGGGACGGCUUCAGCAGUGUAGGCGCUACCAUCUGCACCGACGUGAACGAGUGCAAUGACGAGGGGAAGACGAACUGCCACCGGGACGCCUACUGCAUGAACACGGAGGGCUCGUACCAGUGCGUGUGCAACGCCGGAUACGAGGGCAGCGACGACAAGUGCGAGGACGUCGACGAGUGCAAGGGCGUCAACGACUGCGACCUUAACGCCGACUGCCGCGACACGAACGGCUCGUACAUUUGCAAGUGCAGGGACGGAUACCACGGCGACGGAGAGACGUGCAAGAAUUCAAACGAGUGUGCUGGCGUGACGCCGUGUCACGUGCACGCCACCUGCACGGACAACCACGGCUCCUACUCCUGCUCAUGCCACGCUGGGUACAAGGGCAACGGGCGCGUCUGUGUGUCGUCCAACAACUGCCCGGACGAGAACCCGUGCGACGAGAACGCCGUCUGCGACGAACAGGAGGACAGAACUCCGCUGUGUACGUGUCUCCCUGGUUACGUCGGUGACGGUUUGACCUGUGAGGAUAUAGACGAAUGUCUCGCCGACACGCACACCUGCUCCAAGCAGGCCAUCUGCCGCAACAACAACGCCUCGUACUCGUGUCAGUGCCUGUCUGGUUACAAAGCUAAUGGCACACAGUGCGUUAACAUCGACGAGUGCAGCGGCGCCAACGACUGCGACGAGCACGCUACGUGCGCCGACGCGCCCGGUACCUACACGUGCUCGUGCGUAACUGGGUACGAGGGCUCCGGCAAGACGUGCACAAAUGCUAACGAAUGCAAUGGCCCCAACUCGUGCCACGCGUCUGCGAAGUGCAUUGACAACGAGGGCUCCUACAGUUGCAAAUGCAAGGAUGGAUAUGUCGGCGGGGGUGAGGACUGCCAAAACGUGAACGAGUGCCUGGGCGCUACGUCCUGUCACAAGUUUGCAAACUGCACGGAUACAGCCGGGUCGUACAAGUGCUCCUGUCUCGCUGGAUUCACCGGUGCCACUGGCACAGAGUGCGCAACCAUCAACGAAUGUAAUACGCCGAACGGCUGUCACGCGGACGCCUACUGCCACGACAGCCUGGGUUCAUACACAUGCGAGUGCAAGCCUGGCUUCAAGGGCUCGGGCACCAAGUGCGCUGACAUCAACGAAUGCGCCGGCGACAACGACUGCGACGAGAACGCCGUGUGCACGGACACCGUUGGUUCCUACUCGUGUUGGUGCAAGGCCGGGUACGUGCGCAGCGGAGACGAGUGCAAAAACGAGAACGAGUGCAACAAUGCGAAGAGCUGCCCUGCUCAGGCCACCUGCCAAGACACGCCCGGAUCGUUUGUAUGCUCAUGCCAUGCCGGCUACGAGCUGGUCGAUGGACUGUGCGGUGAUGUGAACGAGUGUCGUGGCAUCAACAGCUGCUACAAGCUCGCAAACUGCACAAAUACGGAGGGCUCGUAUGAGUGCACAUGCGAGAGUGGUUACGUCGGAAACGGUGAGCAGUGCGACAAUAUCAACGAGUGCAGCGGACAGAAGUCCUGCAGCAAGCACGCCAAAUGCACAGACAACAUCGGCUCGUACGAGUGCACGUGCACAGACGGAUUUGCCGGCAACGGACGCGAGUGCAGCAACAUUGACGAGUGUGCACUGGAUAAGGACAUGUGCCACGACGACGCAACGUGUACGGACUCGUUCGGUUCGUACACGUGCAAGUGCAUGGCUGGGUUCGUGGGAAGCGGCGUUGGCGAGUGCUUCGCAGCCAACGGCUGUGCCGACAUGAUAAAUCCGUGCGACGAGAAGGCAAUCUGCUCAAGCGUGGGAGGCUUCCCGACCUGUUCUUGUCUCCCGGGCUACGACGGAAACGGAUUGCUCUGCCUGAACAAGGACGAAUGCGCUGGCGCCAACUACUGUCACAAGAACGCUCUGUGCGCGGACACGAACGGUUCGUUCACAUGCUCGUGCGAGCCUGGCUUCGGCGGUGACGGGCAGCACUGCGAGAACGUAAACGAGUGCAGCAGCGAAAACGAGUGCCAUCGGCACGCCACGUGCGCCGACAACGACGGCUCUUACGAGUGCACGUGCAAGCCUGGGUACGACGGAAGCGGUCGUGAGUGCUCCGACGUGAACGAGUGCAAGGGCAAGAACGAGUGCAGCGCGCACGCCACCUGCAGGGACACCGACGGCUCGUACUCGUGCAGCUGCAACGCUGGAUACGAGGGCAGUGGGGCAAGGUGUGUGAACGUGAACGAGUGCCUCGGCACCACAAGCUGCCACGCGCUCGCCAAGUGUGUGGACACGGAGGGCUCGUACAAGUGCGAGUGCGACGAGGGAUUCGCCGGCGAGGGCGGACGGUGCGUGGACGUGAACGAGUGCAACGACCCCGCCAGCUGCCACGCCAACGCCACCUGCGCUGACAUUGUGGGCUCGUUCACGUGCUCGUGCAAGGCUGGCUUCCACGGGAACGGGACCCACUGCUCCAACGAGGACGAGUGCAAGGGCAUCAACAGCUGCGACAUACACGCCCAGUGUCGGGACGUCUUCGGAAGCUACACGUGCAUGUGCAAGGACGGAUACGCCGGAGACGGAGAGACCUGCAGGAGUAUCAACGAGUGCAAUGGGAAGCACGACUGCCACAGCAAGGCCACGUGCAAGAAUACAGUAGAUUCAUAUCAGUGCCAGUGCGCGGCCGGCUAUGUCGGUAAUGGACAGGAUUGCAACGACGUCAACGAAUGCGUAGGUGUGAACGAGUGCCACAAGAACGCCGUGUGCACGAACAUCGUCGGCUCAUACUCGUGCGCCUGCAAGUCGGGCUACUCUGGCUCCGGCAAGCUGUGCAAGGACAAAAACGAGUGCAACAAGAACCACUCGUGUCCGCAGCACUCGACCUGUGUGAACACCGAUGGAUCAUACAGUUGUCCGUGUGUCACCGGGUACAAUAAUGUAGGUGGUCUGUGUGUGAACGUGAACGAAUGCGACACCAAGUCCACGUGCCACGUGAACGCCACGUGCAGCAAUACGCCAGGUUCAUACACCUGCAAGUGCAAGACGGGCCAUGCUGGCUCCGGCAAGCAGUGCGCGGUCAAAGACUCGUGCUCCGGCCCCCACAAUUGCCAUGCCAACGCCGUCUGCAAGCCGAAGGGUGAAGACUCGUACACCUGCUCCUGUUUGCCCGGCUAUGUGGGUAACGGGAAGCAAUGCUCAAACGAUGAUGAAUGCCGCAGCAAGAACAAGUGCAGUGCGGACGCCAAUUGCCACGACAACGAUGGAUCAUACUUGUGCGAGUGCAGGGCUGGCUUCACCGGCGAUGGAGAGCAGUGCGCUAACAUCGACGAGUGCAAACGCGCCAAUGGCUGCAGCGAGCUCGCAACGUGCACCGACACACGCGGCUCGUACUCAUGUAAGUGCUCUGCCGGAUACAAGGGCAAUGGCCGAGAGUGCAGGAACACAAACGAGUGCAACGGAGUCAACAGCUGCAGUGCGGACGCCACCUGCACCAACAUCGUCGGGUCGUACACGUGCGCGUGCAACGACGGCUUCCUGGGGAACGGCGAGGAGUGCGCUAAUGUUAACGAAUGCCUGGGCGCCAACAGCUGUGACGGACACUCGACCUGCGUCGAUAACUCCGGUUCUUACGAGUGCGUGUGCCACCCGGGUUACACCAAGAGCGGCGACCAGUGCGUCAACUUCAACGAGUGCAGCGGAGACGAGCAUGGGUGCCACGUGCACGCUAGCUGCACGGACACGCAGGGCUCGUACCGAUGUGCCUGUGAUUCUGGAUUCUCCGGCGACGGCGAGAGCUGCGAAAACGUCAACGAAUGCCUGGGACCCAACGCCUGCCACGUACAAGCCAUCUGUUUCGACAAGAAUGGCACGUACGCCUGCGAAUGUCACACAGGCUACGUCGGCACGGACGGUCGCAAGUGCACAAACGCCAACGAGUGCAACGACAAGGACUCGUGUCCCGAGAACUCCACGUGUGCCGACACCGAGGGCUCGUUUACGUGCUCGUGCAAACCUGGCUUCGUUGCCGAGGGCAAGCGCUGUGUCAAUGUCGAUGAAUGUAGUGGAAUCAACGCUUGCCACAAGAACGCCCGCUGCACGGAUAACAUCGGAUCGUACUCGUGUAGCUGUGUGACCGGAUACAAGGGUGACGGCGAGACGUGCAGCGACGUUAACGAGUGCAACCGCGACCACAAGUGCCACGCCAUGGCCGAGUGCACCAACAACGAAGGCUCGUACUCGUGUGCUUGCAGGUCGGGCUUCACCGGCUCCGGCAGCCAGUGCCAAAACAUCAACGAGUGUCACGAGGUCGCGAACGUGUGCGCUGAGCACGCCAAGUGCACGGACAACAUCGGCUCUUACAAGUGCGAGUGUCAGCCGGGCUACGCUCACGUGGGCAAGGCAUGCGUGCUAUUGAACCAGUGCAUAAUGCUGCACACGUGCGACAUCAACGCCGUCUGCACGCAGAGCGGCACCACGUACACCUGCACCUGCAUCAACGGCUUCCGCGGCAACGGCGAGUCGUGCGAGAACGUGGACGAGUGCGCUAACGCCAGCAGCUGCAACGCUCAGGCCACGUGCUCGGACACGGUGGGUUCUUACAAGUGCACCUGCUCCGCUGGUUACGCGGGAGAUGGACAGACGUGCUCGGACGUCGACGAGUGCGAGGGCAUCAAUAGCUGCGACGCCAACGCCAGGUGCGUGAACAACGACGCAUCGUACUCGUGCGAAUGCAACGAGGGCUACGAGGGCAGCGGGCGGCAAUGUGCAGACGUGAACGAGUGCAAUGCCAAGAACAAGUGCCACGCGCACGCCACCUGCAAGGACACGGUGGGGUCAUACUUGUGCUCGUGUGACGCCGGGUACGAGGGCGAUGGCUACCGAUGCAAGAACGAGGAUGAGUGCAGCAGCGUGAACGCCUGCCACGAACUGGCCAACUGCACAGACACCAAUGGUUCGUACAGGUGUGCGUGCGGCGUGGGACAAACCGGAAACGGAGUCCAGUGUACGAACAUCAAUGAGUGCAACGGGCCAAACGAGUGCCAAAAACUCGCGAGCUGCCACGACACGAGGGGAUCGUACGAGUGCACGUGCAGGGCCGGCUACUCGGGCACCGGUGGCAAAUCGUGCAAGAACGUAAACGAGUGCAGCGGCGUCAACAGCUGCCACAAGCACGCCACGUGCAACGACUCCGAGGGCUCUUACACGUGCCAGUGCAUGUCAGGGUAUUUCGGCGACGGAGAGGUCUGUACUGAUAUCAACGAAUGCAACGGCCAGCACAGCUGCAAUAGCAGCGCGGCGUGCAGCGACAACGAGGGUUCCUAUACCUGCAAGUGCCUGGCCGGUUACCGCGGCGACGGUUUGAAUUGCGAGAACGUGGACGAGUGCCUGGGAACGAACGGCUGCCACGAGCAUGCGGUAUGCACAGACAGUGUCGGCUCCUAUACGUGCAAGUGUCCGGCUGGUUACCAAGGUGACGGGCACCUGUGUGUGGACGUGAACGAGUGCAACGGAAAACACGGUUGUGACUCUCAUGCCGCUUGCGAGAAUACCGUCGGAUCCUUUGUGUGCAAGUGCGCGGAUGGCUUCAAGGGCAGUGGAAAGGAGUGCUCUGAUGUCAAUGAAUGCGAAGGCGAUAACAGCUGCCAUUUGAGCGCUACCUGCACCAACAAUGCCGGUUCGUAUUCGUGUGCCUGCAAGAGCGGCUAUGCUGGCUCCGGUGAGCAAUGUGAACUUGUCAAUCAGUGCGCCGCGGCCAACACAUGCCCCGAUAACGCAAUAUGCGUAAGUGAUGGUGCACAACACUCCUGCAACUGCAUUGAAGGGUUCGCUAAGGAAGACGAUAAGUGCGUGGAUAUUGACGAAUGCGAACUGGCGCAGAGUAGCUGCAGCAAUAACGCCACCUGCAAAGACACGGACGGAUCAUUUGAGUGCACGUGCAACGCUGGUUACUCCGGGAAUGGCGAGCAGUGCGCUAACAUCGAUGAAUGUAACAACGCCAACCGCUGCCACGCGUUUGCCAAGUGUAUUGACGAGCCGGGUACGUACAAGUGCGAAUGCCUUCCCGGCUUUGAGGGUUCCGGUGAACAGUGCCAGGACAAGGACGAGUGCGCCGAGGGUGGAUCGCAUAGCUGCCACACGCACGCCACAUGCAGCAGCAAUGUCGGUUGGUACGCGUGCAAGUGCAAUAGUGGCUACCACGGCGAUGGUGAGACCUGCACGAACACCAAUGAGUGCAUGGGCAUGAACAGCUGCGGAAAGCUGGCCAGCUGCGUCGACACCAACGGCUCCUAUACGUGCGAGUGUCUCGACGGUUACCAAGGCGACCAGUGCGACAACGUGGACGAGUGCAGCAGCGCUGAGAAGAACACCUGUCACAAACAGGCUAAUUGCACGGAUACGGUUGGCUCGUUCACGUGCAAAUGUAACAUCGGUUACCGAGGCGACGGCCGCAAGUGCGCCGACGAGGACGAGUGCAGCACGGUGAAUAAUUGCCAUGCCAACGCCGCCUGUGCCAACAACGACGGCUCCUUCACGUGCAAGUGCUCGAAGGGUUUCCAGGGCGACGGGAAGCAGUGCUCCGACGUGGACGAGUGUGCUACACCGGCAGAGAACACCUGUCACACGAACGCCACGUGCACGGACGUCGCCGGCUCGUACUUGUGUGCGUGCCACAGCGGAUACGAGGGCAACGGGCGCGAGUGCGUCAACAUCGACGAGUGCCACGGUGUGAACAACUGCCACGAGCACGCCACAUGCACAGACAAGGCGGGUACAUACGAGUGUGCCUGUAAGACCGGCUUCGCUGGCAACGGGCAGCAGUGCAAGAACGUGGACGAGUGUGACGGCGGCACGCACAGUUGCCACACGCUGGCCAGUUGCCACAACAACGUCGGUUCCUAUUUCUGUGUGUGUCUCCCUGGUUACACGGGCACCGGCCAGAAGUGCGCCGACAUUCACGAGUGCAACACCGGCGCGCACAGUUGCCACGCCGACUUCGGCGUCUGCGAGAACAAGAAUGGCUCGCACGAGUGCCGUUGUAAGACCGGGUCCGAGGGCGACGGUGUCAACUGCACAGAUGUGGACGAGUGCAUGAGCGGAACGGACGCGUGCCACUCCGAGUUCGGCGUGUGCACAAACGAGCCGCUGACACACGCGUGUUCGUGCGCUUCGGGAACUCGCGGCGACGGAACCGACUGCACGGACGUGGACGAGUGUCGGGAGAACCUGCACGCGUGUCAUGUGGGUCGUUCCACGUGUACAAACGUGCCCAUGGACUACACGUGCGCGUGCAACAUCGGCUACAUCGGCGACGGACAUACGUGUAACGACACAGAUGAGUGUGCCUCCGCCGACAAUAACACAUGCCACAAAACUCUCGGCGAGUGUUCCAACACCGUGGGAUCGUACAAGUGCUCCUGUGCUCUGGGGUACACCGGGGAUGGCGAGUAUUGCCUUGAUUUCGACGAGUGCAAGGGCAAGGAGCCGGCGUGCCAUGAGCGCGGCGUCUGCAACAACACCAUUGGCAGUCACACAUGCAAGUGCAAGGAGGGUUUCCGCGGCGACGGCAAGGAGUGCAUCGACGUCGACGAGUGCUCGACGUCCGCCAACGACUGCGCCACCACCGCUGGCUGUGAAAACACGCCCGGUUCCUUCUUCUGCGUGUGUGCGCCUGGGUCCAAGGGAAGCGGCAAAACCGGCUGUGACGUGGACGAGUGUGAGAACUCGCCGUGCAGCCAGUCUGGAACCUGCACCAACACACCUGGAGCAUUCACCUGCGCUUGUGACACGGGAUUCACAGGAAAUGGAUUUGCUUGCUCUGACAUCAACGAGUGCGCCGACCCGACGCUAUGCGACCCGCUGAACGGCGAGUGCACAAACGUGGCCGGUUCGUUCCUCUGCCGCUGCAAGUCCGGUUACAAUGGCAACACUACUAGCUGUCUGGACAUUGACGAAUGCUCGGCCAGCGUGCCGUGUCACGCCACCCUGGCCACGUGCGAGAACACGGACGGCGCGUUCGAGUGCUCCUGCCACGAGGGCUAUCACGGCAGCGGCGUGAAGUGCGACGACGUGGACGAGUGCAGCACCGGGGUGAACGAGUGCGACGCCUCGCGAGGGGAGUGCGCGAACACGGCCGGCUCCUACGAGUGCAAGUGCCGGGCGGGGUACUCGGGCGACGGCGUCACCUGCGUGGAGAUUGACGAGUGCGCCGACGGGACGCACGCCUGCAGCGAGUUUGCGCAGUGCACCAACCUGCCGGGAACGUUCAGCUGCAAGUGCAAGGAGGGCUUUACGGGCAACGGACGUCUGUGCACCGACAUCAACGAGUGCUGGGAGAAACUGCAUGACUGCCACGCGCUUGCGCAGUGCGUCAACCGCAAGCCCAACUACCUGUGCCUGUGUCCAAGCAGCUAUGCCGGUGAUGGUCGCAGCUGUAUUGAGCCAGUCAAGAAAUGUGACAAGUUUGAGCGCUACGACUCGAGUGGCAAGAAGUGCAUACCGUGCCUGUGCAGCAAGUCGGCGUCCGCGUCGUGCAACGUACGAAACGGCACGUGCACCUGCAAACCCAACAACCAGGGUAAGUAUUGUGAAUCGUGCUCGCCAGGAUUCUACAAGGCGUUCGGCCCCAACUCCGCCUGCUCCAAGUGCAACUGCCCGCAGGACCGCGCCGAGAGCGUGUGCAACCCGCACUACGGCACGUGCACGUGCAAGCCAGGUUACCGUGGCGACACAUGCCAGCACUGCAGCCUGGGCUAUCAACGUCAGGGCCAGGACAAGUGCGUCGAGUGCAGCUGCGACAAGGUGGGUUCCCGCGCCUCCGUGUGCCAUCCAUCCAGCGGCCAGUGUCAGUGCAACAAGGACUACUUUGGGUUGAACUGCGAGCGAUGCCUCGACGGAUCCUACAGACAGAACACCAACGAGACCUGCCAACCAUGCUUCUGCAACACACUCGGUACCGUGGGUAAGUCAUGCGACAAGGACGGCCGCUGCCUCUGUAAACCUGGCUACCAUGGGGAGAAGUGCGACAAGUGCACAAGCCACAACAAAUACUACUCGCAGAGCGGAUGCGAAGAUUAUCCCAGUGAAUUCUUCAAGGUCAGCCUUCGCAGUCUUGGCAAGAUGACCUUGCCAGCAGGCUUUAGAUUCGGCAAACAACAUUCCAUGUACUCAUCUCUGCAUAUCAAACGCAACGGUUUUCUGUCGUUCACCAAAGCCAAGAAUGAUCUUGUUUACAGCGCCAUUCCCGACUCCGCCGCUAUUGUGGCUCCGUUCUGGACGGAUCUUGGCGACAUCACCACUGAAGGGCGUGUGACAUCAGAACGCUAUACCAAGUCGGCUGAUCCGGCUAUGAUGGCUGAGAUUGUGCAAGCUGUCAUGACAUCAAAUGUUGCUCCCUCUGACUCAUUCGAGCCGCAAGAAGCUGUCGUCGUGACGUGGACAGACAUACAGUCAUCUAGGAAUCAAUCGUUGAGGAACACGUUCCAGGCUGCCUUGAUCAGCGACGACUGCCAGUCGUUUGCCAUUUUCACCUAUGCCAAGGGUGGCAUCAUGUACGGUGGACGUCGUCUACCUGUAGUUGCCGCUGGUACAACCCAAUACCAGCUACAGGACGAGCGCGUUCUGUCGGCGUUUGGCCGCAGCAGCAGUCGCACCGUCUACAAGCUGACACCAGGCUGCGGCAGUAUUCGAAAGGCCUUGCGCUGCAACGCCAUGCCUUCCGCUCCCAAGUCACACUUCUCCAGUGACAGCGUGGUCCAGUGCCCGUCCAACUCCACCAUUGUGAAGUUGUGCAAUAUCUUCUCGCAGUAUUCUCGCGCAGAUAUUAUGGGUCAAUGCUUCCGCUCUCUGCCGGUGGAAGAUCCUGCCAUCCUCACAUCUUCAAUCUCAACGAUCUGCUGCUACGAAAGCAGCACUGGAGCUCUGAUUGACCACGGCAUCGGUAGAGCGUUUGUGUCCUACUCCAAGGCAGACGAGUCCGUACUCAAGGAUUGUCACGAAGCAGAUCUUCUCACGUCGUUCUUUGCUAGGCGACCUUCACCAGUGGCCAAGGAAUCCCGUUCUCCAUUCAGGCAGUCUCAUGUUUACGGCGAUCCUCACAUCACUACGAUUUCCGGUAACAGCUUUGAGUUCCAUCGCCGAGGAGAGUUCUUAUUGGCAAGAAUCCCGACCUCAACAUUCGGUAUUAAGAGCAACUUGGAGUUGUUUGGACGAUUCGAGGCCUAUCCUCCGAAUCAGUUUAACUUCACGUCGACAACCCGAGUGGUGGCUAGCGUCAACAGCGGAGAGCUUGUCUUUGAAAUAAUAGCCAAGGGAAAGUCGGACCUUGACGUCUUCUUAGCUGGAAAGUCCGUCUUGCAAGGAGUUCGUACUGGUCAGUAUCCAUUCCUGAAGUACUCAGUUGGCGAGCUCAUCAUCAUCAGUGGCUCAGCCAGUGCCACUGUGUCGACCUUGAGUCUCGGAAUACUCACAGCCACAGUUCAGGUUCCCCAGCCGCUGGUGCAUCAGAUUUCCGGUCUCUACAGCUUUGAUGUAGAAUACCCGAAACAGUUCCAGGCCAACGACGAAAUGCAGAUAUUCAAGACCGCCGAGGCCUAUCACGCGACCGCCGCAAACAGCCUGUUCACGUACAACUCCUCUCACAGUUACCAGUUCUACAAUCCGGCAAUACCCACCAAGGCUGUCACCCAGACACCAGAGGAAGCCAUAAGCAAGGCUAGUGCAGUGCUGAAGUCCUUCUGUGACGGGUCCAAGUCUUGUAUACUUGAUGGGCUGGCUAUGGGCCUUAGCUUUGCGCUGGAGAGCAAGCAGUCUGAGACGAAACUGGCCAAGGCGGAGAAAAUCAUCUCUUCCACUCCACCCAUCAUCAAGUUUUCAUCGCCAAUACUGAGAGCUACGAUUAACAAGCAAAUCACGUUGACCGUUUCCGCAACGCCCUUCAACGCCAAUAUCGAGACGAUAACGCUGGCCCGUUCCGUGGGUCUGCCAGAAAAGGACUACAAGAUAACUCGUUCAUCGAGCAUCGAGCUCAAAUUCCUCUGGACUCCCCGGACGCGCACGCCGGGUACGAUAUCGCUUGCCUUCGCCGCUACGGACACCAACAACCAGCGAACGGAGGAGUCCGUCCGCGUGACACUGUGCAGUUGUCACGGUACGUGCGAGGAGAGGCUGGAGUCUCUGGAGGAGUUCACUCUCCUGGAGUGUGCCGUGUGCGAUGCAGGACGCACGGGUAGGUUGUGCGAGGAAGACAUCAACUCAUGCUUCGGCUUCCCCUGCGCUCUCCAUCGUGCGUGCAUCGACCUGAAGGCACCGAAGAGCGGCCACACGUGCAGCGCCUGUGCGGCUGGGUAUGAGGACGACAAGGACGACGCCUCGCUCUGUGCCAACGUGAACGAGUGCAAGAAUAAGCUGCUGCACAACUGCCACGACGUCAAUAGCAAGUGUGUGGACACGGUGGGUUCGUUCCAGUGUGUCUGCAAUCCAGGAUACCAGCAGGACAGUAACGGCAAAUGUACCGACAUUGAUGAAUGCAAGAUAGCUACCAAUACGGCGUGCAAUGCCAAGAACUCACUGUGCACGAAUACGCAGGGAAGCUACCAAUGCUCAUGCCAGCCAGGGUUCAGCGGAACUGGAGAGUCGGCCACGGGUGGAUGUAUAGAAAUCAAUAUUUGCAUCACCGAUGCUCAUGGUUGUAAUGCUGAGGCUCAGUGCGUGAAGUCUCAGCAAAAUACUCUCUGCGUCUGUGCCGACGGACAGCUGGAAUCUGUGGACAAGAACUGCGACGUUGCCCCGGUGCUGUAUCACUUGAGUCCCAGGACGGAAGUGUUCAACAUCAAGGCCACCACUUCUGCCGUGAUGGUGUGUUCGUUUGAGGGACAGGCUCGAGGCGGUGUCCUGUGGAGGGGUCCGAAGGGCUGGGUCGAGCCCGGGUCGGGCAUCAGCAUUACAACCAGGACGAUUGACGACAUCCGCACGGGCACGCUGCGCAUCGAGAGGCUUGGUGCCGAGCACACCGGACUGUACGAGUGUGUAGCCAACAACUCCAGAGGCUCCGCCAAGGCCAACCGCAACCUCAACGUGAUCUUUGUUGGAAACUUGGGUGAUGGUGAUGAAGAUGGUAACAAUCCAAAGUCGGCCGACCUGUCCAACUUACCAGCAGCUCUGGGAGGUAUUGGAGGUGUGCUUGUCGUGUUGGCCGCGAUUGCCAUCUUUAUUAACCUGACACAGAAGAAGAAAUACGACGGCAGGACACUGCUGAGCAAAAAUUACCGAGCCCAGCCACGGGGAUCAGGCGGAGAAGGCAUGUGGCAAGUGGACGGGGCGGCCGCAAUGACAACGUUUGCUCCAGCAGCCGGCGGCGGUGGCGGCGGAGGUGGUGGUGGCGUGUCCGGUGGCAUGAGGUCAGCACUGGGCAAGAUACAAGCGGCUACCGGAACCGGCGGCGGAAAUAUCAACAACAAUGGCGGAGGCGCCGGUGCCGACGGAGGACUGGACAGCCACAACCAGCGUCUGGGAUCGUACGCCACCGUGAACCGCCGUCGCCCGAGCGAGCGCGGCCUCCUGGAGGACGAGAUUCCCGGCUCGGGCACGCUCACGCCGCGCUCGCCGGGUUACCUGAGCGAUGGGACGGCGAGCCGUGCCGAGAUGGUCAGCAUCGGCGGCGGCAUGGAGACGGACUUCUCCAACACCAAUCACCUGGCGGCGAACAGCAACGUGAUGAAUCCGGAGGGCAUGCACCAGCUGCAGGCCUCGCUGCAGGACUUCGAGUACGACGGCGUGGUCGGAUCGGCCAGGUAUAAGUACAAUCCGGCUGUGGACAACGCCAGCGGGCGGGACUUCUACGAUGCCACGCAGGGCGACGACCCAACGUACAUGGAGACGUCGGAAUACAACGGCGAGUACGGCUGCGUGAACGACUACGCCACCGACCUCGACAACCAGUCUUACGUAGAGGGCCCGGUGGACUACACCAACAUUUUCACUGGCGGGCACGUCGAGGAUACGUACGCCACGGCCGGCGUUGACGGCUACGUGCCGGAGAUGGACGAGCAGUUCGGACCGCCGCGACCGAUCGACGACUACUCGGCACAGAACAUGCAGCACUAUACGCUGCAGCCCGGGGAAGACGAGACGAAGACGAAGUUCGGCGACGCGCUCUACUACUUCCAGCGCAAGGCCACCGAGCGAAAGCCCAAGAAGGGCAGCGUGCGCCCAGGUGCCAAUCCACAGUCGCGCGGCACCAGCCAGAGACGCUCUUCUGCACAGCAGCAGCAGCAGCAGCAGCCACCGACCAAGGUGGACUUGUGGGAGUGAGCUCCACGCAGCUCCACGCGAGCAUCCUGAGCACCUGCUUUCCAUUUGACUGUUUCCGUCUUUCUUCCUUUUACGCAUCGGAGUAGGGCUUGCAUGCUGCCUGUUCUAGUGGGCUUUGCUUGGACCGGAAGAACAAACUGAUAAUAAUGUUAUUUCCUGGGUCGCCGUGACUACCGUCUCCCUGGAGACUAUUCAUGAUUGUUUCCAGCUGCAGUGUGCAUGCACAGCGGCAGGAUGCUCGCUAGCAACGGCUGGUGUUUGUUUUUGCCGUUCCUACGUUAAGCUCUCACUGGCCGUUUGCUACGUCCGGGCGAGAGAGAGAGAGAGAGAGUGUGUGUUGUACGCCUUGUGCAUGAGUACACGAUUGCUAACCUUACGGUGUGCACGCAUACUGCUGGCCGCUCACUCGGCAUGCUGAGUUAGGCGAAAACUUAUCCGGCGGAAAAAAAACACGGCAGAAAUUGAACCAAACAUUAAUUUUGACCCCCCCUCCCCCCUCCUUUGCUGUUCAUUUCAUUCACACGAUUUCGCUUUCACACACUCUGAACCAUUUUUAGCUCCAAGUUUAUAGAAGCCUUAUCAACAUAUGUCCCAGUGAAGGUGGCUUGCAUGCGGCUGGAAAGACCAGCGGUGUGCGUGGGGAUUUCCAAUAAUUUUCUGAUCGUUCUCCCAGAGUGUCACCUGUUUUGAGGUUUUCAUAUUUAUUGGCAAUUAUCGAUACAUGUUUGUUGACGCACUAUACCUCCGCUUUUUGAGAUGAGAGUUCUGUCGUUGCGUCGACUUCUGGCGCAUGCUACCACUCAAUGUUUCUAUCAGAUGCUCUAUUUUCCUGACCCUGCUCGCUUUAGAUGGCUGUUACGAUUUUUUGAUUUGCACUCUCUUAUUCUUCUCCCCGUGUGUGGGAGCUCCAGGCUUCCUUGUCCAGCGUACUACUUUCAUGCUCCUCUCUCUUCUCUCUCCCGCUCUCUUCUGCUUCCCCCGCUGUCCUCUGUUGUUGGGAUUUUUCUCGAUCCAGCGACGCUAACUUGCUCACCUAAAUAGAUUAUUGCACGGCCGUUUCCCAAAUGCUUCACCCCACUCCCCGGUUCUGCCCCUGUAAUCACAAUCCCUCCUCCCCAUCGUCCCUGCACACAGAGUUGACAUUCACCCUACAAACAUUCACCACCGCCGGUCCGGUCUUCUUCCGUGAUGGCCGGUCAUGUUUUUACAACUCUCCGACAUUGAACAACGGUACAAAAUGUGUACUUGUUGUGCCUGCUAAGUUAUACCUUAUGCUAUGUUGGCUUGUAAAGUUGUACUUCAAAGUAGUAUUCUUACAACGCUGUGACAUUUGUACUUGUUUUGCUCAUGUUCCUGUGUCUAAUCUUGCGGUUGUACACCAGCUCAAGUCUUGUCGGCUUAGCAGGCAUACGUUACCCACCUUCUAAU